AUGGAAAACCAGGUGAUAUUUGCAUGGGCAAUUAUAUUUUGCCUUGCCGUAGCACCAGUGUAUGGCCAAUACUACUCCAGAACUGUUAGGGCAGGUCCUCGGGUGGAAAAGAUUACUCGACUCCACUUCUUCUUCCACGACAUUCGCAGUGGCGAGAACGCUACUGCAAUCCCGAUAGCUAGUCCCAACACCACCCAGGAUACGCCCACAUACGGUACCUUGUAUGCAAUGGAUGAUCCCCUCACUAUGGAGUCUGAACUAACAUCCACGCUCAUCGGAAAUUCUCAAGGGCUCUACUUAGAUUUAAGUCGAGAACGUACUAAAUUUACCGCAAUCUUUUAUGCGGAUUUUGCGUUUACCACUGGCAGGUUCAACGGAAGCUCCUUCAGUUUGUUCUCACGCUUUUCCGCCGAAGAUGCUACUAGCACAAUUCGUGAAAUGGCAAUAGUGGGAGGGAGAGGUGCGUUUAGGAUGGCCACAGGAUUUGCCCUCUUGCGACCCACUUGGAGCAACACGAUCGGGGAUGCUAUUGUCGAGUUCAAUGUUACUUUGUACCAUUACUAA